GCGAGAUAAGAUAAACCGAGAUAACUCCAGUACUUAUCAGAUCAUAUCACACGCAAGUACCAUCGAACGUCGACACGAAAAAAAACUCGGCUUAACAAACAAGCGUAUUGUUGUCCUUUUCAAUUCCAACAAUUGGGUUAAAUUGCCUUUGAUUGGUCAGUCAUGUGUUAGAGAACAACAUACAUCGACAUGGAAGAUCGGCUAAAUAAUAUUAAAAACUAUUUCAAAAAAAAAUCUAACGAUUCCGAGUUUGUUCAAAGGUUUGGCGGAGUGCCACAGAUUGGGUUCCGGAUUUCGUUUUGUGAAAGUACUAAGGAACUUAAAGUGAAAGUUAUAGGUGCUAGGCAACUGCCUACUGACUACGGGAAUGUUAAACCACAAGGGUACUUAGUCAAGGUAACCUUCUACCCAAGUAAACAAAAAUUCGAAACAAAAACAGCGAAAGACUCAUGGCCAACGAUAAACGAAGAAUUUUCCUGUAUACUCCUACCAGUAAAAAGAAUCGACGACUUCUUUAAGGGCCAGUUUAUUUCCUUUACUGUAUACGCCACUCUCGGAAAAGAAGAAGAGGAGCAAAGGCAGAAGGAAAAGCCUAAAAGUAUAUUAAAACGGUACUUUUCGUUUAGUGAUGGCGAAGAAAUUAUAUCGUUAAGGAACAAUAGUUUUAGAAGAUCUGGCUCUCAGAGAAGAAGUAGUUAUAAUAAUAGUUUGAGCAACAGAAGGACUGUAGGAGCUGUGACUUACAAUUUAGAUAGGAAAUUAUUUACUCAGAAACUUAGGACAGGCGAGAUUAGCACGCCAGAUAUUUGGAGAAAUAUUACCGAGAUUACUAGUGGAAUACAAACGCAACCGAGGGAUGGACCAAAAGGUAGCAUAGAACUGACUUUACAAUAUGGCGUAAGUGAAGAUGGAACCAACGAUGUAGUCGAAGUUACAGUUACCAAAUUUAGAUGCAGUUUACAAACAAUGCAGCUUCAUGAGAAAAUUGGAGGCCAACUGUAUAUCAAAAUCACAGCUUUUGAAGACGAGGACCUCGUUCAAAAAAUGAAGAGCGACAAGUUUGAGCCUACCAUCAGUUUAAAGCUAGAGGCCAACACGUCCACCUUAAGAGCCACAGUAGACAAAUACAAUUUGGAAGACAUGAAGAUCCUCAUAAGACUUAUGUCAAGAAAUAUUGUAGGAAAGAAAACCUUAUUAGGAAAAAUAGAAAUUGACAGGAAUAGUAGCUUUUGGAAAGAAAUUGUCGCCAAUCCUUCAGUUGCCAUUACGAAGAUGGUCAACUUUGAAUAGAAGUUUUUAUAAAAAAACAGUUUGUAGUUGAUAUUGUAUUACUCCUAAAUAAUACAUUAAAUUUAAUAUUGAAA